AUGGAUUUCUCUAACAUCAGUGACAACACCCGUGAUUUCAGCAAUGCCUUCAAGAUUGCCAAUUUUGCCGUUGGUGCAUUGAGUGUGUUAUGCGGUAUUUCACAAUUACUCUCAGGGUUUCAGGAUUUCUUUUUAGGUUUAUUUGUGAUAUUCUUUGGUGCGGGAAUAAUCUUUCUUGAAAUCAGAGUGCCCCAAGAAGUCUACAAUUAUGCUUCCUUCCUCUUCUCAUUCAUUGGCCGUGGUAUUUUCUACCUCCUUAUUGGAAUAAUCGUGUCUCACGACCAUAUUCUCCGGGUGUUUCCAGGAUUCCUUAUCUCAUUUGUGGGGAUUGGUUAUUGUGCUCUACAAUUCGUGCCAAAUAUUUUACCUCCAGAAAACAUGAGAUCUGACUUUGCCGCAUUGCAUAACCAAGACGAAGAGGAUGUCAUUUAA